ACUCUCUGGUGUGGUCUGUGAAGGCAAAUUCAUUAUUUGUGGUAGAUUAUGUGUAGUUUUACGCCUAGACAACGGAAUUGAAUUCAAAAUGAACUAUUUACUGUUACUAGCGAUAGUAUUAAAUGUGUGUGUUAAACAUUUGUGUGUUGGUGAUGCGCUGGAGCAGCAGCCAUCGCCGCACGCUGUAGGUGAAGAAGUCCUGGGACGGUCUACUGUGAAUAUCACUCAUGAAAAUUCAGAGCGAGCAAACGAUCUGGUGCAUUCAUUAGAAGACUUUGGUAUCUCGCAUCCUGAGUUCUAUUCAUUAUUGACGCUGAAAAAAUGUCAUUGUAAAGGACCCCGUCAGGUAUGGAGUGAAGAGAAGUGCGUUGAGCACACUGAAGAUACAAUCGUAGGCGUGUUGAACUAUGAAAAUUCACCGCCCGUUGAAUCGAAACCGCUGUGGUACGGCGAAAUUGAAGUGGCUCCAGUUGUGUGCACUGGCAAUUCAGUAAAGAAUGUGUUCGCUGGAGGAGAAUUUUAUCUUGUUAUGGGCACUGAAUUACUUCAUAGUUUGUCUCAGGUUAUGUUCAAUGAUGGGGAUUUCUGUAUUGAACAUGUUUACGAUGAGAAUGGAGAGUUGUCAUGGGUAGCUGAAUCUUGUUCGCUUCCUCCUAAUGUACCCAACUGCUGCUCGGAAGGACAGGGCAUUAUGAUGGAAUCGAAAACAUGCGAGGAAAUGAAGGAAACGGAAUUUUUCCCUCCUGUUUUAACACGAGAUAUAAAGUUCACGUUCAUAAAUAGCUCGUUCAAUCCCAUUGUGUGUUCGGAAGACGAGCAACAUCUCUGGUUCAAGCUAGGGGAGAAGAGUAAUUUAAUAUAUUCCAUAAGCGGAGUGUUACUCUCGUGGACCAAGGAAGGAACGCCACCUGAGGUCCGAAUCUCGCCCAACUACUGCGUCGCGAAGACUGUUGGAGACUCAGCAUAUUUGGCAUCCUUCUGUUUCAAAGAUAAAUUGAAGGAACACUUGGAAAUGUGUUCUAAUGCCACGUGUGUGAGAAAGUGUUGUAGUCCGGGCUCGAUAUAUGAUAAUUCAGUUCAUGAAUGUCUGGACCAAGUUCAAGAAUACAUGACAUGGCAACCUAAGUUUCAUCACUUCACUGCGGACGGCCUACAAGCACGAGAGGACCGUCCCGAUGAUUACCUACCAAUUUCUGGUAUCCCCAUCAAUUGCCACUAUUUCCUUCUAGAUCCCGCUAAACAAAGCGAUGAUAAGUUCUUCCUAUUGUCUAAUGGAUCUCUAUACGUUCCUGUGUGGAACUUAUCCAUACCCUCUACGUCAUAUUGCGUAGACCAUUUCACGGAUAACGGCGAAAACUUCGCGGAACGAGCCAUGGUUUGUUUUCCAGAGCGUGUCGAGAAGAUGUCGAACUGCGAUAGAGUAUCAAAUGUACUGCAUCCUUCACUGCUGAUCAUAUCGUGCGUGUUCUUGGCCAUCACGUUAGCUGUGUACGCCAUCGUGCCAGAACUUCAUGCAAAGGUGCACGGCAAGAGUUUGUUGUCGCACGUGUCUUCCCUGUUGGUCGCCUACAGCAGCCUCGUCGUCGUGCAGUGGGGCUCCAGCAAGCUGCCCAUGCCUUGGUGCAUUGCUAUGGCUUCCAUCAUCCACAUCAGCUUCUUGGCUUCUUUCUUCUGGCUUAACGUCAUGUGCUUUGAUAUCUACUGGACUUUGAGGUCGCUGCGUCCGAUCCCCGAGAGCGGGGAAGGGUCCCGCAGCAGAUUCAAAUGGUACAGCGCGUACGCGUGGGGCUGUCCGCUCAUCGUCGGGGUCGUCACCAUCGGCAUGCAGCAGAUCGACCCCAAUCUGCACAAAGACCUCAUCUUGCCAGGCUUCGGGGUCAAAAAGUGCUGGUUUGCUGAACAAGCAGCGCUGUGGCUCUACUUCUACAUGUUCGUGCUGCUGCUCACUGUCAUCAACAUCAUUUUCUUCCUGCAAGUCGCGAUUAUCCUCAUCAAAGCCCAGCGCGUCAACAAAACCAUCCUCAAGAACACCAACCGCCAUGACAAAGACCGGAUGAAGUUGUACGUGAAGCUCUUCGUUGUGAUGGGCGUCACGUGGAUCUGUGAAGUGAUCUCCUUCCAGGAGGGGACUUGCGAAGUCUGGAUGUUUACGGACAUCAUCAACUCGCUACAAGGCGUCUUCAUAUUCGUCAUCUUCGUCUGCAAGCGCACUGUAUUCCAGAAGCUGAAAGCCUGGUGGAAGCUAAAACGUUCCAAAAAGAGCUACGAUCACAAAACGUUGCGGGGAAAGUGCGAUCCCGGAAUUUCACGCGUAAAGCGCAUUGUGCGUUCAACCUCCUCCUACGCGACGACCUCGCAGAUGUCUCAGCGCACCACGCAAAUCUCCCUCGACUCCAUCCGAGGGUCGUCGACGCACCAGCCAUCAGUGGCGAUUAAGUCCAAUGGAAACGGCAGCAAUAUGCACGUCAUCCACGAGAGCUGCGUGGACGCGCCUGCGGAUCAAGACUCUUCUCGCACGCCCACGAAAUGCACCCCGACGUCUGCUCAAAUCAACGGCUCUUCCCCCAUCAUGGUAGGCGAUGUGGUCUCCGCGAGAGGAGGAGGAAAUAUGACGCCACCACACGGCCCCGCGGGUGUGGUUUCUGCUCGAGGUGGUCCCCGGGAGGCCGUCACGUAUGAGUUGGGAAAAACGGAGGACGAAAACGAGGGCUUGGAACCACACGACAGCGACGAAUCAAGUCCUAAUUCACUGACAGCCGAUGUGACAGUUCAUGACCAGUUGUCAGCUCAGCGGUAGAUCAGAGAAAGAAGAUUCUUCAGUCCCACAAGUCAUAGUUAUAUAAGGACGCCGUCACCAUCGUUGUUGUGUAUCCGUGGCAUUAGUUCUUUGUUCGGUGUAGUUGAGUGUGCAUUGUGUGCCUUGCAUUCAGUAUUGUAAGUGUUCUUCAACGUGGCACUUAUCAUUUCAUUUUAGGUUUUUAUGUUCUCAUAGUUAUCUUAUCAUGUAUUCCCUCGAAAGAUUCUUUUUAUCGGUUUUAUCAGGCUUAUAAACUAAAGCUUUUAAUGCAAAUGACACUUGAUUCAACUCCGUAGUCAGGCGAUCCGUGUUACUCUACAUGCAAUUUUUGCUCGAAUCCAAAUGCUCUGUGAAAGGGAUCAAUUUUUGCGUUAUACUACCUUCAUAGCGAGUUCAAUACAUCGCUUUAUUUGGAUCCUAAAUACCGAGCAGUUCAAACCGAUCCCUAAACUUGAGAAUGUCCAGCAUUCCUCUGGCCAGCAAGUUGGUCAUGAUCCUCUCCUGUUUGACGUCAGCUUUAAUGAGUACACUAUUAAUAACAGCAUAUGUUCACGAUUAAGUAGCUUGACAGCACUCAAACUAUGUUGAGGUGUACACAAGUAUUUUUAAUAAUGAGACUUGCAAUCAUCUUGCGAGGCAUUUGAAGUCUCAGAACAAUUAGCGUAUUUAUGUUUUUGUACCUGACGUGCACCUAGUUUUUAGAACGAGCUCUACUAUAUUUUUAACACGCCACCAUUUUCGAUCAGUUUUUUUUAGGUUGCGUCAAGGUUCAAUAUUUUUGCAUAGAGCAUUGCACCUAAUAAUGGAUGUCCAGGUGUAAGCUUAUUACUGGAUCAUUGUCAAGAUGCUCGGUAACUGUCGUGUAUAUGAUUAGCUAGUAAACCGGCAUUAUAUUCAUUUGUGCCAUACAUAAUUAUAGCAUCUCUUGAGAGAUCUUGCACUCCGUCAAUCGUAUUACAAUUAUUAAUUGGUGAAAAAAUCUUCGGUACCAACGAGCAUUCAUCUAACUGACAAUGAAAGAUAGAAGCGGCACAGAUAGGUUCAUUGCUGUAUUCGGAUUCGUUUUCGUGAGCCAAGAAUUGCCCAUAUUUCCUUGAAUGUUGAAACUACCUCUCUUGCAAUUGGUGGCGUGUGAAUUGAAUGCAGAAUUGUAUAGUUAGUAAAGAAUUUUAAGGCCUAAAAUAUGUAUAGAAUUUACGAACAAUGACCAUUAUGUUAAUUUCAAACUCGUAAGAUAAGCCAUAACUUAUUCAAACUAAGUAAGGAUUAAAGAAAUAUAAUUACA